AUGCAAUCGGAAGCUUUUCCGAACGAAGUUCAUCUACUUUUAAAAAAUAAAAUAGUCGACUCCAAAAGUAGCCUUUUAAAACUGAACCCUUUUCCCGACCAAGGAAUCAUCAAGGUAGGUGGUAGAUUGGCAAACGCUAAUGUGCCAGAUUCUCAUAAACAUCCCAUAGUACUUCCAAAACAUCAUCACAUUUCAAAAAUCAUCAUUCGCGAUGAACACAUUGAUCGUAUGCAUGCCGGGGUUAACGCCACGCUUUAUGGUGUUCGCGAAACCUUCUGGCCAAUAGACGGCCGUAAUACUGUGCGACACGUGGUUCGACAAUGUAUACGAUGCUUUCGAGCGAAACCGAGCGAAGUAAAAUAUAUCAUGGGUAACUUGCCAAAAAAUCGUGUGUCACUCUCUCGACUGUUUACCGACGUGGGGGUGGAUUAUUGUGGUCCUUUUUUCAUUAAGGAACGCCGACAUGGGAAUCGCAUUAAAAUAAAAACCUAUGUUUCAAUCUUUGUUUGUCUUGCUACCAAGGCUGUUCAUUUAGAACUAGCCUGCGAUUUGUCAACCGAGGCCUUUCUGGCUUCUUUAAAGAGAUUUCUUGCGCGAAGAGGAUUGCCUAACUCAAUUUCACCCGACAAUGCUACUAACUUCGUCGGUGCUGACAGACAGCUUCGCGAACUCUUAUCACCAAAUUGA